CUCCUCUCCAGGUUUUCUGCCCCACCGACAUAAUGGGCACUCCCGAUCGCUCGACCCUCCUUUCUCUUGCACCCGAGCUCCUGUUAAUGAUCAUCGACUGUCUGGAGAAACUGAAGGAUAAGCAAUCAUUGGUGAGAACUUGUAAAGCCGCGCAACGUCUUACUGAGCCACAUCUCUACUGGAAGAUCUACACCAAGAUUGGGACUCAAAAUGACACGGCUUGGUUACUCCGCUUCCUGGACCGAAGACCUGAUGUGGUUCCCAUGAUUCAUUACCUUGUGCUUGAUGAAUGGGAUCCGCGCUCUUUCCAACAACUUCUUGCUCGAGAGUUCCCCAAUCUCGAAAGCAUAAUAGCACAGCACGAGGGACCUGUUACGGAUGAGCGAACGGCGACGGAGAGGCGUGCAUUAUGUCGUGCGGUACGCCCGCAGCUGCGCAUGACCAACUUAACGCUCUCCGUUCAGCUGAGUUUGGACACCGCUACGAGGGCGACCACGUACUACAAACUGGAGCGCGAAGACCGCUCUAUCUUCCGGCACCCCAGUUUAACCCGCAUCAGACUGUCCUACCUCGACUUCUCCUGUCUAGCAGAUACCAGACCAGACUACCUCAUCCACGAAAAUCUGAAAGAACUCCACAUCGAAACCUCGAUGUACACAGAGCAGGCCCUGACCCGCCUCAUCUCGCCAUCCAAAAAGCUCUGGAGAUUCAGACUUCACCACGACAGAGAACUCCCCUUUCCAGCUUCACUGUAUCCUAGAAUCCUCUCCUCUGCCCGAGAAUCUCUCGGCAUGGUGUUUAUUCUUUUGCGAUACAUGCACCCCACCGACGAUGUCAGAAUGGACUUCGGCUCCUUCCCCGCCCUGAAUUCACUGACCGUCCACCCACGCUACAUCCUAGGCAAUGACUAUGGGCCCAGCCAAGCUUCACAAGCGAUCAUCCGACAACGUCUUAACACGCAUUUGCCCCCUAAUCUACAAGUAUUCGGACUGGAGGGCCUGGUACCUAUGUGGCCAUGUCCGCCGCCGGGUAUGAAAGUGGUGUUGGCGGAUCGCGAUUGGUGUCUGGUGCACAUGCUGCUUGCGGAAAGGGAACUGGUGCCGAAAUUAGUGCUUUUGGGCAUAUACUAUCUAGAGCGCUUGACGUAUCCGGUGUAUUUGCACGGGCUGGCUAGGGAGAGGGGGAUCAAAUUUACGGGGUUAUAUUCUAGUGAUGAGCUAGGGGUCGUAGGAACGAAUUUGACGAAGAUGGAAGUCUUCACGGAUAGUCAGGCGGUUUUGAUUGAAGAGGACGAUAGGAGUGGCCGUGGAAAUAGGAGUAGGGAGGGUGGGGGUUGAAGUGGAGAGGAUAAGAAUAUCAAGCAUCAUAGCUGAAUGAUAAACAAUAGUUGACUCCAGAUGCUUUUUAGAAUAUGUAUUUUCAUUGUAGCUGUAAACAUGC